AUGGGUCUUUUUUCUCAUCGUGCACCCCAAGAGGUGGACCCUGAGAUGUCGGAAGCCCAGCAUACCCCGACCUAUACUGAUAAGAGAGAUAGUCUUCCCCUCAUCAUCAACAUGAAUAUCAAGCCCACUUUUUUUCACUGGAUCAAACUUAGCUGGCUCGAUCUAUUAACCAUGCUCUGCCUGGGCGUGCUUGGUUUAGGAGUUUACUUUGCCCGACCAGCUCCAAGCCGAUCUUUCCCUGUCUAUUUCCAAGAUGGAGAAAUUAUCUAUCCUCAAUUUGCAUAUCCUCACCGCAAGAAUAUAAUCCCGAUUUGGCUCGCAGCUAUGCUAGCCUCUCUAAUUCCCAUCGCCCUAAUACUUAUCAUGCAAAUACGUAUUCGCUCAUUCUGGGACGCUAACAACGCUAUAAUGGGGCUCAUGUACUCUCUCAUAACUGCAGCUGUCUUCCAGGUAUUUUUGAAGUGGCUAAUCGGCGGACUGCGUCCGCAUUUUUUGACUGUGUGUCAACCGAAUAUUUCACCCAAUGCUGUCGGCUCUGGAUACCAGAUGAUUAUGUAUGAUCGAAGGAUUUGUACUGGGAAUGAUCGCGAAAUAAAUGAUGCUCUGGAGUCUUUUCCAUCCGGUCAUUCCACUGCAGCCUUUGCCGGAUUCGUAUUUUUGGCUUUGUACCUUAAUUCCAAGCUCAAAGUAUGGUCCGAUUAUCACCCUGAAAUGUGGAAAAUGGUGGCGGUUUGGGCCCCAAUUUUGGGUGCGACUCUUAUUUCUGCAUCUCUUACGGUUGAUGAGUAUCAUAAUUGGUACGAUUGCGUGGCAGGGGCCAUUGUGGGGACCCUUAUGGCAUUCUCGGCCUACCGAAUGGUUUACUCUUCGAUUUGGCAUUAUCAAACAAAUCAUAUACCCCUGAGUCGCACUGGCCCGUUUACACGCACGGCGCUAGAACUUCAGUGCACCACAUUCACUCGCAAGGCCGGCUGGGGCGUUGAUCAUACACGGCCUGGUUACAGUAACAAAGAGGAUGUCACGCGACAGAUGCCUGCUGCUUCUGAUAGCUUAUCGGUGUUAGGGAGACCAGAUAAUAGUAACCUCAUGUCGGAGAUUGGUUCGGUGUGA